AACAACGGCACUAUCUGUGCCGUCAUCAGCGGCAAUAACAACUCCGCUAUCACCACGAAUCCGAGCGACGGUAAAGCCAAGAAGGCGGCCGCCAUGUCUUCGCCGCCGAAACAUCGCAGGGGCUUCGACCCCAACGACCCGACGGAAUUUCACCGCUAUCGUCGCGUUAAGACGAAGCAGCGAGGCUUUGUAUGUCCCACAUCGUGUGACCUUCGGCGAUGGACACAGACCUCCCCGAGAUCCCUCGACACAUCCACCAGCACAAGGCAUUAUAAAACACACACAAGCUUGCGAUGUUCGAUGUUGGACCGCUUACUGGUUGUACCCCCGCCGCUACAACGCGACGAAAGUACGAUCUCAUGAUAAAAAAAUACAGUAUUCUCCGAAAAUAAAUUCAGCGAAAUCCUUCUUGAAGCACAUUAUAAUAUUAGCAUGAUAAUAUCAUAUUAAGGAGCGAUAUUCUGGAACUAAUGUGUAAAAUAUAGUAUAUGAAUAUGUAAAAUAAGUGAACCCCCCGAUGUACAUGUAAUAUAGAAACGAUAUA